GGGUAUUCCUCAAGGUAUUUUGCCUAUAAAACCCGCUACACAAUCGGGCCAUUCUUUAAUUUCGGGAAAGUAAUAUUUACCAUGAAGACUCUGCAAAUCGUGCUGGUACUUUCGGCCAUUAUUGCCGUUGCCUUCGCGGCCAACGCUUCCUGGGGCACCAAGCUAUCCAGCAGCAAGCUGGCCAGUACCCAGAACGUGACCAUUCACAAGAAGGCCAAUGUCUAUGCGGACGCAAAAGUGGUUUUCCCACUGGACGGCCAGAUCAACACAAAAAUCAUUCGUUUUAUCAGCGUCACUGACCGAUUUACGAACAGCUCGGGACCCACUGCCACUCUGUGGUCAGGUGGUCCAGGCUAUACCCAGGCCACCGUACAGUUAAAGGGCCAGUAUGCCCAGGGAAUUAACGCCACCGUCCAGUUCUACACGGAUGCCUAAUCAUGUGAAAACCAAGCCUGAAAGACCAGACAAAAUAUUAAUUAAACAGAAAAUAAUAAAAAGUACAUUGAGAAAAGCUUAAAGUAGAUUUAAAGAGUUAAUAAAAUGUUCACAUGCUAUGCAAAAA